AUGGGCAAGCCGAUGGUAGUACACAGGUCCCCUUUAAAUAAAUGCCCGAGACUUCGCAGCGGUUUUUACCCGGCCAGGGAGCAGGAAGCCUCCCUGAUUCGCGACUUUGACGCGCCCAGUCAAGUCGACCAAGCCCAGCAGCUGACGGGACCCAGCAGCAGUAGCAGCAGUUUCAUUCGAUCACCACUCUUCAAGGCUCCACUCACUCCACUCUUUGCUACUGCCUUCCCUCUGAGACGCCAGCUCACACCUGCAGCUUCCAGCACUCCUCCAGCUCACCCCUGCGGCCCUCUACUGACGUCCCGCUACCUAUUCCAGCACCCGCUGACGAUCCAUCCACCGUUCGCAAAUAAAGACACGAUUUCCAUCGUCUACAACGGACCAUCUGCGUUUGUCAUCCUUCUUUGCUAUUGCCAUCUCCUUGCCUUUGUGUCCCCUAUUUUAGUUGUACGGUCGAUUGGCACUCACACCUCUCGGCCCGCUGCAACAACCUAUCAACUAAUGACAGAUCAUUAA